GACAAGUAGAGUACUUAAAAAGUCGGAAGUUUAUGAUUAAUGCUAAAUCUAGUCUCUGUCAAUUUCAAAUCAGAGUAUGUAAAUCGUCCAUUACAGGAUAUUUACAGAACACAGCGUGCGUGAAAAUGAAGCUGUGUCUUUCUGUAUUGUUCUUGAUUUACUUCUGGUCAGCAGACACUUACACAGUCAAAGUCCUGUCGAACGUCUCCAAGAUCUCGGAAGGAAAAGACCUGCUACUGAGUUGUAUCGUGGAGGGCCUAACAGAGGAACUAUUCCUAGACAGAUCAAACGCGUAUUCGGAGUGGAUAUUCCGGGGAGAUAACAGAGUGGUGAUACUAAGCCAGGUCCCACAGAAGAACUCCUUCAUACCUAAAUACGCGACGAAUCUUACAAGAGACACACUUUCUGAUUCUCUUCACUUCACAAUAGUAAUCAAUGAAGUCACCGACAGAAACAAAGGAGUUUACACCUGCGUGGUUUCCAAGGAUACAACGGUGAUUAGGAAGCAGCUGGAAAUUUCAGGUGAAGACGAGGCAGAUAAGAUGUCGACUUCCCUGGUGUUUGUUGACGACAAAGUAUCGAGGGAGGCGGCGGACAGGAAGUGCGAGUUGUACGGGUUUCACACACCAAACAACAGGACAAACAUUACAGAACUCAGCUUAAUCAUGCAUCCUAAUGAAACGUCAUGGACAUUUCGUGAUGACGACAGACAUGACGUCAUACUGAAUCGUCACUGGCUUUCCAUCAGAGGUUGUUUUCAUAUGAAUGUGACAUUUGAAGCGCAGCACUAUACGGAUUGUGACGUCAUCUAUGACGCCGAAUAUUCCUUAAUGAAUGCCUAUCUUGCAAUACAUAACAACUCUUGCUACGUUUUAUGGAAAUCGAUUAAAGAAGACCUGAUGAAAUUUCGACUUCCGGAAUCGUCAUGCGGAUGGAAGUGUCCGGAUGUUAUUGAGACCGGAUGUGGUGGUGAAGAUGCGGUGUCUUUGUACAAAGUGGUGGAAGUUGAUAGGAAAGACUGGGUAGGAUUUCAGCAAUCGUACGAAGAAGACUGCAAUGCUUUGUAUUUGUCAGAUGUUGAACUCCCAAAACAAAGAAUACCGUGUCACAUAAACUCCACAUGUAGUGCUAUAUGCAUACAGGGUAAGAAAACUCGCACAGAAUGAUCGCCUUCACGUGUGUGUUGCAGGGUAACCUCCGAGGUCAAGAUAUUUGUUCAAAUAUAAAAGCCGAGGCGUUAGGCAAGGGUUUUAUAUUUCAAACAACAUUCUCAAUCAAGGAGGUUAUCCUGCACCAUACACGGAAACAAGAACUUUAUUUCUAUCCUACGGCUCAGAAAUAUACAGCCGAUCGUGUUCCUAUACAGCUACGGAUUAGGUCACUGUGACGUCAUGGUGGUUUCCGAAACGGCCUACAUUAUUGUUUUGCUGACGAAAAAAGUGAGAUGGUAGUGGUAUUCAAAAUCUAUUUUGAAAAAUAUUUCAAGUAUUUAGUUUGAUGUUAAUACAUUAUAUCAAUUGCUUUGAAUACACAGUUCAAGAACAACUUGUAUGUGCAUCGCUAUGUUUAUAUGUGUUCGGCUUUCGGAACGCAGACGACUGGUUUAUGCUGAAUGGGAAUUAAACAUUCUUCAGUCAUUUAUGAAUUUGUUUUACAACAUAUAUUGAUUGAUUUUUAUGAUUAUAAGAUUGAAUUAUCAGUGAUCGAUUUUAUUGUUGCAAAACUGGAAGUUAUAAUUGUAAUUGUAAUUAAAAGAUUUAUAUAGCGCCCAAUCAACAUUAGUUUUCUAAAGCACUUUACAAAUAUGAGAGAAAAGAUAAUAUAAAACUGAUGUGCACAUACAUGUAAAUAAAAUAUUCAUACUGUCAAAAUUAAGACGCAUAAUUAUUAUUAUCAAUAUAUAGCGCGUAAUGUAGUGGUAUAAUUAGCCUAAUAACAAAUAUAACAAUUCAAAACAACUUUUAGGAAUAAUGAAUGCAUAGAAAGAGCAAAGGUAUGAUAACAAACUACACUUUUUUGUGCUUUUUCUUUUUUGUGUGUGUUUGUUUAUUUGUAUUGUUGGUAUAUUUUUGUAAAAUAAAUUUAACAGCACUGUGAGAGCUGUAAUGUAAGAGCACUAAGUAUGUAAAAAAAAAUAAUCACAAAUUAAAAGCUUAUCUAAAAAGAUGCGGUCUGGGGUUCACUUGAAAACUUUACAGUUAAGUACAUUGUCUGAGUUUAAAAGGCAGGGGGUUCCACAGACUGAUGCGGCCUUGUCCAAACAUCGAUCCUUAUAUGUUUUUGUACGUGUCCGAGGUACCUGGAGAAGAUGCAGAUAUUCGGAUCCUAGUGAUCGUGUGGGAUUGUAAACUGUAAGGAUAUCCUUUAUGUAGACUGGAGAUAGGUUGUUGAGGGAUUUGAAAAUAUGGAGAGGGAUAUUAUAUUGAAUUCUGAACCAGUGAAGAUCUAUUAGAACAGGAGUAAUAUGGUCGGCCUUUUUUGAGCGUGUUAUUAAUCUUGCAGCUGUGUUUUGUGCCCUCUGAAGUUUGCUGGUGUGUUGAGAAUGAACAUCAUAAAGCAAUGCAUUUCCGUAAUCUAAUCUGGAUGUAACUAGUGAGUUUACACAGGCAAAUGUGCCUCACGUGAAUUUCACGUGAAAUGCUGUUCACGUGAAGUUCACAUGAACCUUUCACGUGAAAUUCACGUAAAUUUCAUGUGAAUUUCACGUGAAAAGUGAUUCACGUGAAAUUCACGUUGAUAUGUCCACAUGAAUUUCAUGUGAAUCGCUUUUCACGUGAAAUUCACGUUAAAUUUUUCACAUGAAUUUCACGUGAAAAGCAUUAUAUCACUUUUCACAUUAGUUCUUUGCGAAAAUUUUAAUGUGAUUUGAUUUUCGCAAGGAAAUAAUGUGAACGUUGAUUCACGUGAAUUUCACGUGAAAAGAUUCACACGAAUUUCACGUGAAAUUUCUUCAUGUGAAAUUCACACGAACAAUUUCACACGAAUUUCACGUGAAAAGCUAUUCACGUUAAAAAUUUCACAAAAAAAAGCGAUUAAAGUGAAAUUUUCACACUUCUUAAUAUAUUCAAGCGAAAAAAUAAAUAAAAUUAAGGUAAAAUAUAAAACGAUAUGGAGAUUAGGCAAUUCAAAAGUUAGAGUACAUUUAUAAAAUGUAGGCAAACGACCAAUAAAGUAGAUCCUGCUCACACCUCCCUCUCCUCGUUUAUUUGCGAAAUUAUUAACUUGCAUUGUAGUUCUGUACGCAGUAUGAUUACAUGUACUUUCCACACCUGAUUUCUCUCAUUUCCCAUUAUUUUUCUCUUAAGAAUUAAAAUAUAAAUUAAAUCUCCCAUCAUCAUAUAUAUUAAUGAAAGCAUAUUUUCCAACUACUUGAAGAAUCACUAUAUUGAUAGAGUUAAAAUAUGCAACUUCAAAACCACGAAAUUCUCUAAACUUGGAAAAUUACUAUUUUACAGUAAAAUCAGAAAGAACUAUGAAUUAAAACUAAUAAGACCAUUUGAAAUUUCCAUUUGUGAGAGUAGUACGUUUUAAAUAGCUAAGAAUAUUUGCCCACCCUUUAGAAAUUGAAACUGGUGAAUAUUCAAAACCACGCAUUCCAAAAGAUUGUUGUUUUUGUCAGUUUUGUAAAACUACUGAAGAUGAGUUGAAGUUUUUAUCUCGCUGCUUUAUGAUGUUAGUAACAGGCUACUUGUCGGGGUGCACUUGGGCUGUUUACAUACAUGUGAUUUGAGGGUAGUAUUGUGCAGGUGGGAAAAAAUGCCAUGAUAUUGUUUUCCGCUGUCGGUAGUUUGGCAUCAAUUUUAAUUACCCCCCCUCCUUAUUAGAUACAUCGAGAAUAAUUACCAGUGUGAUACCUUGGAAGCUGGUGUAUGCAUAGAAUUAGACCUACUGGAAAUUGCUGAUACACGCAUGUAGAAAUGAAAAUUUUCUAUCAGCCGUAUUCACUAUCCCGAAUUUGUAGAUCGUCAAUCAAAAGGAAAACACAGAUUUCUAGCACUCGGAAGAAAGCGAAUAACAUAAACAAUCCUUAACAUUACUGUCCAUGUAUAUUUAGAUAACUUUAAAAAAAAUAUCUAUAAAGCUUUACACUACAGUUAGAUUCCGGUAAUAUUUACAAGAUUGUGACGUCACACUCGAGUAAGCCGUCUGACGUAUGCAAGACAGCGAAUGUGAAAGUACAUAGAAACUCUACAGGUAAGAUGAGAUUGAGCAUUGUAAUUUAUAAAUGUUCAAUGUAAAUUCAAGCCAUUAGGCUUAUUACAUUUAUGUGAUCUAAAGUUCCUAAUGCAACCGCUUAUUUCAGUCUGAUGAGAAUUACUUUCAACGAAUAGGCACGGCAGCGAAAAUACGGAAGUCACUUCGGGGACGUGUCGCAGAAUCGCAUAACUCUACACGAGAUUAAAAGAAAGAAAAAAAAAGACAAUGAAGACAACCAUGUAAAAACAAAUUCAAUCAAUUAAAUUAUCAGCAGAUUAAGAGCAGAUUUGUACUCCUUUUUGUGUUCAUGUGAACCCGAGAUUCAGAGUAUCAAAAUAUCCAUGUAUGAAUUAACGUUAUAAAGUUUAUGUGAAAUUCACGUGAAUUUUAUGUGAAAUUCAUGUUAAAGAUUUCAUGUGAAAUUCACAUGAAUUUCACGUGAUUUUUUUUCGUGUGAAUUCACAUUUGAUGCUCUUUUAACGUGAAUUUCACAUAGAAAUUUUCACGUGAAAUUCAUGUAAAUUUCACGUGAAAUUCACGUGAGGCACAUUUGCCUGUGUACUAUAGUUUUUCAUGCUUCAUCAUUGAUAAAUGAACAGAUACAUCCAAUUCUGCGAAUGUUUAGAUAUGCUGAGCGGGAAUUAGAGAGACGGUGUGUUUACAUGGUAAGGGAUUUGUCAAAGAAUACGCCUAAUUUCUUUUUUUCAACGAAAGAUGAAUCACUUACAACACAGUCUCCAAAUUCAAGAUCAAAACUGCUCAUAUCGUUAAGUCUGUAUUUUGGUGUGAAGAAUACAAGUUCAAUUUUAUCUUCAUUGAGUUUGAGGAGAUUAAUACUCAUGCACACAUACGUAUAAACAAAUUGGGAGUCUUUGAGACAUAUUCGUCCAAUUGUCAUCAGGUUCAACAAUGAUAUAGAUCUGGGUGUCAUCGGCGUAUAUAUGAUGCGUCAUAUCAUGACGUGCAUAAUUCCCUAAGGGUUUUGAUAAAAGACAGUAGAGUCUCGGACCCAGGACUGAACCUUGCGGUACACCAGUACAAGCAUCGGACAAUGAUGAACCGACGGCAACACGUUGGUAAUCAUGACUAAGAUAGGAUUUAAUCCAUUCAAUACAUAUCCAGUGAUACCAAAAUUGUUGUUCAUACGCUGCAAUAAGAUAGUGUGGUCUACGACACUGAGAGCCGCAGAGAUAUCGAGCAAUACAAGGAUAGCGCAACUGUUAUUGUCAAGUACACAUACGAUGUCAUUAUGUACCUUCAUUAGUGCAUUUUCUAUACAGUGUCCCGUUCUGUACGCGGACUUAAAAUUGUCAUGCAGUUGAUGCAUAUCCAGAUGUGCUUCAAUUCGUUGUACAAUAACCUUUUCAAGAAUUUUCGAAACGAACGAAAGAUUUGACACAGGGCGAUAGUUUUUGAAAAUUUCUUUGUCAAGCCUUGGUUUUUUCAGUAGUUCAAGCGAGAUGUGUAUCAAUUUUCUCAUAAUCAGUUAUUACGUAUGAAUAAUGACCGCGACAUUUCUUUUAUCUUUGUAAUAACCGUGGUAGAAUUUAAGUAAAUGAACUUUAUAUUCUGAAGUUGAAAUAAAAAAACAACAACACAUGCCCGAGUUCCUCAUUGAUAAUAUCUUCGUGCCUUUUGGUAAUCAGGUCUUCCAACAUUCUAUUGGAAUUCCCAUGAACAUGAAUUGAUCUGUGGUGUAUUUAAUUUUGAGUUCACUGGGAUAUAUCGACUCGACAGAUGAAUGGAAAUUAUUAUUGUUAUUUGAUAAUACGUUGUCGAUAGAUCUAAAUGUCGAAUUGAAGGCCACCGCAAGAUAUAUUUUCUUCUCAUGUAAAAGUUUUUGAAUAAAUUAUGCUUCAUAGGAUAGUAAAAGCACGUGAGCUAACAAAGGAGCACAAUUCUUGCCCAUGGAAAUUCCAACAGAGUGUUGGAAGACCUUAUCACCAAAAGCUACGAAGAUAUUGUCAAUGAGGAACUCAAGGUUUGAAAAUAAUCGCGAACUUAUGUAUUCCGUAUUUUAACAAAUGAACAAGUGCGACUGCUAGUUGUUAUUCACAACUCACAAUAGCAGUAAAUGUUUGAAAUGCAGUGUAAAUGAUUCAGCUUAAUAUUUCAAUAGAAUCUAAUGAAAGCAAGGUUUUCUCCAACGACACUCUUGUGAUAUGGAUGGAUGCGUACCAUUUAUGCGCUGAAAUGAACGCCAGUCUUCCUGACGAGAGACAGAACAUUUCUUACACCACUGAUGAGUUCCCUUGUCUGGGGAUAUUCAAAAGCAGCAAACUAUCUUUCCAGG